AUGCAGGCGCGCGACGGCAGCACAGCCGGACGCCGGGCCUUCGACAGCAUCUGCCCCAACAGGAUGCUGGACCUGUCGCGGCGGCCCCUCGGCAAAGUGGGGGAGCCGGAGAGGAAGUUCGUUCCUCCGUGGAAGUCCUUCUCGGGAUGCGGUGGCGAUAGCCCAGUGUCGGUGUACGAGGAUCCCCCUGACUCAGAGCCCGCUGCACUGCCAGCCCUCACCACCAUAGACCUGCAGGACCUCGCAGACUGCACCUCGCUACUUGGCUCCGAAGCGCCGCCUAGUGGUGAUUCUUCCGCCUCGCAGAACCACUCCUUGCAAACUGAAGAAGAUUUCACCCUGCAGAAUUUCAGAGACACAGUGGAUGACCUCAUUGCAGGCAAGUGCAGUUUGAUGUCACCUCCCCUGACAGAUGGUGACUUUCCCUUUUCCCCUUGCGAUGUUUCAUCUUUUGGGUCUUGCCUCUCCCCAUCGCUGGACCCACCUGCCCUGGGAUCUCCGCCACCACUACCCCCACCACCCUGUGCUCCAGACCUGCCGCCACCGCCACUGCCACCGCCAACCGAGCAGUACUGGAAGGAGGUGGCCGACCAGAAUCAGAGGGCACUGGGGACUGCUCUCAUAGAGAAUAACCAACUGCACGUGACGCUGACGCAGAAGCAGGAGGAGAUCGCCUCGCUCAGGGAGAGGAACGUGCAGCUGAAAGAACUCGCCAGCCGGACUCGGCACCUGGCCUCGGUGCUGGACAAGCUGAUGAUCACACAGUCCCCAGCAGAGCCCUUCCAGAUCAAGGCGACGACGAAAAGGAGUCUGGAGGAACUGUUCUGUGCAGCGGGUCAAGAAGGUCAGGGUUGCUCGGAAGUGGACGCCAUCCUCAGGGACAUCUCCCAGCGCUGCGAUGAAGCCUUGCAGAACCGCGACCCCAAGCGGCCCCGGCUGCAGCAAGAGCCAGGCAGCAAGAACUGCAGCUCCAGGAACCUGCAUGGUGCCUUCCGAGGGCUGCGCACCGACUGCAGCGCCAGCUCGGUGAACCUGAGUCAUAGUGAGCUGGAGGAGGGCGGCUCCUUCAGCACGUCCAUCCGCAGCCACAGCACCAUCCGAACUCUGGCCUUCCCUCAAGGCAAAGCCUUCACCAUCCGGACAGUCACCGGUGGUUACAAAUUCCGCUGGGUCCCCAGCUGAGCAGGGAUGCGGUUUCCCCCAAAACACUGCCCUGUGUCCAGACGGAAGCAUCUGCAAGCCAGUGGGAAUAGCUAGAACUGUGUUCCCAUAGCUGGUUUCGAGAAUUCUCUGAAAGUGAAUGCCAUUCUGAAACUAAUUUUCAGGAACAAAAAUGUUCCUGAACCGGUGAUACCUGUGCACUGAAAAGGUCUGCCCUAAGCACUGUCUAUAUUCCUCACGGUUUC